UAAGUAGGAAACAACAACAACAACACUUUAAUCAAAAAAAAAAAAAUAACACACUUUUUCCCAUAAUAAGGCUAAGGUGGUCCUCGCCCCACCCAAUUUAUUUCUCUCUCUUUUCAAAAAACAUGUCGCCGUCGUGCUGCUGCGGCAAGCGCUCCGUCGCUUUCUUCUUCCUCUUCAUCUCCGCCGUCCCCAUAGCUUACCUCGUUUCCUUAGAGCGAGCCGUUCCUUCGACGCACGUCAUCUCUUACCACAGCUCCGGCUUCCUCCGCGAGUGCGCCAAAUGGGACGACGUUGGUCGUAGGUUCCUCGUUUCCUACAUGGACGGAGGCGGCGGUAUCGGAGAGCUCGUCGUUCCUUCUAAUUCUGAUUCCGAAGACGUUCUCGAGGAACUCACUUUGGUCAAAGACCUUGACCUCUCCGGCAACUCUUCCAACGGUUUCAUUAUCGACCGCCACAGAAACCGUCUCCUCCUCGCUGUCGCCGAUUUGCUCGGAAACCGUUUCAGCGCUUUAGUUGCCUACGAUUUGUCCACGUGGCGCCGUCUCUUCCUCACUGUCCUUAGCAGCCAGCACAGUAAAGAGAUAUCAUACGCAGACGAUGUAGCUGUUGAUGCACAAGGCAAUGCUUACGUCACUGAUGCAAAAGGAGGUAAAAUAUGGAAACUUGAUCUCGAUGGUAAGCUUGUGUCCAUCAUUAGAAGCCAUCUCUUCGUUCCACCUGCCUCCUCUUGGUACUUCAACAACUUUGUCUCUCUUAACGGCAUUGUUUAUCACCCUGACGGCUUCCUUAUCGUCAUCCACACUUUCUCCGGUUCUUUGUUCAAAAUCGAUGUUAGUAAUGAUGCUGAUAUUAGUAGUCGAGUCACUGUCAUUGACGUUUCUGGUGGCUCUUUGAGGUUUGGAGAUGGUCUUGAGCUCUUGUCUCCUUCCAAGAUUGUUGUUGCAGGUAGCCCGUCUUCGAAACUUGUAGAGAGUUCAGACGGGUGGCGGACGGCUUCUGUGACAGGUUGGUUCAGCAGUGGUAUGGUUCAUCGGUUAGUCUCGUCCGCUACUGUCAAGGAAGGAAGAGUUUAUCUAAACCACAUUGUUGGGUUUGGCUCUAAGAAGAGACACAUACUUGUAGAAGCUGUGUUUUAGAUGCUCUGUUUUGCUUAUGAGUUAUGACCUCUUUAAGAUUCUACUAGAAUCUGAUUCUUUAAUUAUCCAAUUUCUUUUAAUCUAUUAGAUAAUCAUUCAUCAUC